AUGAGAAAUCAGAUAGAUCUGCUGGCCACUGUCACAGUUUUGGGAGUCCUGGAGCAAGCCUAUUUUGCGCUGCAGGUGAUCUAUGCCCGGCGGAAGUACAAGGUCUCCCCUCCCGAGACAACAGGUCACCCUGAAUUCGAGCGGAUCUUCAGAGCUCAGGCGAAUUGCUCAGAGUAUUUUCCAAUCUUCAUUUCGCUCCUCUGGGUUGCUGGAAUCUUCUUCCAUCAAAGUGUGGCUGCAGUGUGUGGGCUGCUGUACCUCUACACCCGCUUCAAGUAUUUCCAGGGAUAUGCCGUGGCUGCGCAGGGACGGUUGGGGCCGCUGUACGCCAGCGCCCGGCUGCUCUGGCUGCUGCUGGGGUUGGCGGUGGCUGGGCUCCUGGCGCACUUCCUGCUGCCCCACUCCUCCACAUGGACGGCAGCGCUGGCGUGGCCCCGCCAGCUGCUCGGCGCCUGGUGA